AUGUCCGAAGACUGCACAGACGUGGACGAGUGCGCGGACGGCUCGCACGGGUGCGCGGCGGAGGCGACGUGCACCAACACGGCGGGCGGGCACACGUGCACGUGCAACGCGGGCUACACCGGCGACGGCACGACGUGCACGGACGUGGACGAGUGCGCGGACGGCUCGGACGGGUGCGCGGCGGAGGCGACGUGCACCAACACGGCGGGCGGGCACACGUGCACGUGCAACGCGGGCUACACCGGCGACGGCACGACGUGCACGGACGUGGACGAGUGCGCAGACGGCUCGCACGGGUGCGCGGCGGAGGCGACGUGCACCAACACGGCGGGCGGGCACGCGUGCACGUGCAACGCGGGCUACACUGGCAAUGGCACGACGUGCACGGACGUGGACGAGUGCGCGGACGGCUCGCACGGGUGCGCGGCGGAGGCGACGUGCACCAACACGGCGGGCGGGCACACGUGCACGUGCAACGCGGGCUACACCGGCGACGGCACGCCGUGCACGGACGUGGACGAGUGCGCGGACGGCUCGCACGGGUGCGCGGCGGAGGCGACGUGCACCAACACGGCGGGCGGGCACACGUGCACGUGCAACGCGGGCUACACCGGCGACGGCACGACGUGCACGGACGUGGACGAGUGCGCGGACGGCUCGCACGGGUGCGCGGCGGAGGCGACGUGCACCAACACGGCGGGCGGGCACACGUGCACGUGCAACGCGGGCUACACCGGCGACGGCACGACGUGCACGGACGCGACGUGCACCAACACGGCGGGCGGGCACGCGUGCUCGUGCAACGCGGGCUACACCGGCAACGGCACGACGUGCACGGACGUGGACGAGUGCGCAGACGGCUCGCACGGGUGCGCGGCGGAGGCGACGUGCACCAACACGGCGGGCGGGCACGCGUGCACGUGCAACGCGGGCUACACCGGCGACGGCACGACGUGCACGGACGUGGACGAGUGCGCGGACGGCUCGCACGGGUGCGCGGAGGCGACGUGCACCAACACGGCGGGCGGGCACACGUGCACGUGCAACGCGGGCUACACCGGCGACGGCACGACGUGCACGGACGUGGACGAGUGCGCGGACGGCUCGGACGGGUGCGCGGCGGAGGCGACGUGCACCAACACGGCGGGCGGGCACACGUGCACGUGCAACGCGGGCUACACCGGCGACGGCACGACGUGCACGGACGUGGACGAGUGCGCAGACGGCUCGCACGGGUGCGCGGCGGAGGCGACGUGCACCAACACGGCGGGCGGGCACGCGUGCACGUGCAACGCGGGCUACACUGGCAAUGGCACGACGUGCACGGACGUGGACGAGUGCGCGGACGGCUCGCACGGGUGCGCGGCGGAGGCGACGUGCACCAACACGGCGGGCGGGCACGCGUGCACGUGCAACGCGGGCUACACCGGCGACGGCACGACGUGCACGGACGUGGACGAGUGCGCGGACGGCUCGCACGGGUGCGCGGCGGAGGCGACGUGCACCAACACGGCGGGCGGGCACACGUGCACGUGCAACGCGGGCUACACCGGCGACGGCACGACGUGCACGGACGGGGACGAGUGCGCAGACGGCUCGCACGGGUGCGCGGCGGAGGCGACGUGCACCAACACGGCGGGCGGGCACACGUGCACGUGCAACGCGGGCUACACCGGCGACGGCACGACGUGCACGGACGUGGACGAGUGCGCGGACGGCUCGCACGGGUGCGCGGCGGAGGCGACGUGCACCAACACGGCGGGCGGGCACGCGUGCACGUGCAACGCGGGCUACGCCGGCAACGGCACGACGUGCACGGACGUGGACGAGUGCGCGGACGGCUCGCACGGGUGCGCGGCGGAGGCGACGUGCACCAACACGGUCCGGACGUUGAUGACGACGGCGUUCCCGAUACAUGCGACAAUUGUCGGGAGUUCAACAACCCCGAUCAGGCGGAUUCGGACGGCGAUGGAAUUGGUGAUGCCUGCGAUGGCACCCAACUGGUGA